AUGAUUAACAAAUCCAUGCAUCAACAGGCAUUACUUUCUCUAUUGGAACAGUACAAAAAAAGCUAUGGAUCAGGAGGAGGAGAUUUUUACCAUAAGUUUAUUAACACAACAGACCAAUUGGAGUAUGAAUGUGAUGUAACAAAGGAAGUUUUCCUGCUUCUUCAGACAGAUGCACAAGCAAGAGAGGAAUUCCUCCAGAGUAUGAAAGCAGAUGGGCUAAAACCAGUCGACAAGUCCAAACAAGCUCUGGAUGAAAAACAUGCUGAAGUCGACAAGUCCAAACAAGCUCUGGAUGAAAAACAUGUUGAAGAGAACGACCAAUUACCAAAAACCUGGGCAAGAAAAAGAAACGGAAUACGCCUGUCGCUCUCCGUAUGGAGAAAGAUGAGGAGUUCAGGAAGAGCAAAGUCCAUCAGAGAAUAUGGAACAAUAUUGCAGCAGAAAUGA